AUGAAGAUUACACUUUACGUAGCCAACAAACCCGAAAACUCGAAAUUGAAGGUGGGUAUCACCUGGCGAGAUGACGGUCUUGAGAUGAUCCCGCAGGCGAUGAAGAAUUCGGUUCUAGCUGUCGAGCGGUCGCUUCGACGUGGUAAUCGUGCGGCGUGUUCCGAUGCGGCGUUGAAGUGGUUCAAACUGGAUGAAAUCAUGGAUAAAUGUGUACUGACUGAUGCAUCCGUUGAUCGGGCGAGGGAGGAGUUUCGCACUAUGAUUCGUGGUUGGUUUCAACCUUGUAAUCCGCCAGAGAAUGGGAAUUGGGAUGAGGGUGAGGAUGAGGACUUAAUUUUGGCUGAGCUGGAGUUUCCUGAUGAAUGUGUUCAGGAAUAUCUGAUCCCAUUCAUCAUCUUUUAG